AUGACAGAGCUGCGCACGCCCAUGCACGGGAUCAUUGCGAUGAGCGACGAGCUGAUGAAGAUGCCCAGCCUGGAGCGCGGGGCGCAGGAGGCGGCCGAGAUCGUGAACGAGUGCGCCGACCACCUCCUCUCGCUGCUCGACAACAUACUCGACUUUGCGCGCAUCGAGUCGGGCAAGCUCGAGUUCGAGAACGUCCUGUUCGACCUGCCCCUCAAGAUGGCCAAGACCGUGAACCUCCUCGCCGCCCACGCCAAGAACAAGCAGAUCGUGCUCGAGGUCUCCUCCGCCUUGUCCGACCCGCACCGCGUUGGUGACUCGGUGCGCGUCAGGCAAGUGCUGUUCAACCUCCUCUCCAACUCCAUCAAGUUUACGCCGCCCGGCAAUCGGAUCACGCUCGAGUUCUGCGAUGCGCGGGUGGCGAAUCCUCGCGAGGGCGAGCCGUGCGGCGAGCUGGGGGAAGGGGUCGUGUUCUUCCGCGUGACGGACACGGGCAUCGGCAUCCCCGAGAAGCAGCUCCACCGCCUGUUCAAGAGCUUCUCGCAGGUGGACAAGUCCAUCUCGCGCAAGUUCGGCGGGACGGGCCUCGGGCUGGCCAUCUGCAAGCACCUGGCCCACGGCAUGGGCGGCCAGAUCGGGGUCAGCUCCCAGCACGGCAAGGGCUCGACGUUCUGGUUCACCGCGGCGCUGCCGGCGGCGAGCCCCGACGACAGCGAUUGCAGCAUCACCAGUAGCAACAGCAACAGCAACAACAACAGCGACGAAGAAGAAGAGGAGGAGGUGAAGGCCACGCUUAUCGGCGGUAGCGGCGAUGUGCCCUUCGAGUGCAGGACCACCGCUUGA